UGCUCUUGUGUGUACACUUGUUUGCGGGGGUGACGAUUUAAUUUUAAAUCCGUUCAACUAAUCACAGCGUGCGACUGCGGCUGGCCAUCAUACAAUCCAGUGACAAACGCACAAGGUGCUAGAAAUUAAUCCUCAAUUCCCGGAAAAAUAUAAACAAUUGCUUCUAAUUAUCGAAACAAGUCUGAUAACGCGGAACAAUUUCGGUGUGCAGCAGUUUCCAGUAGCGCUCGGGAACUCGGAUACCUAACACUGAUGGUGUUCUUUUUGUGUGUGACAUCAUCACAGAUGUUCCAGCAGCGUUGCUGGUGAUAACAGAACCGAUAAUAUAGGCAGGCGUCUCGUCGGGAGAGCGUGGGAGGUGUUUGAUUUUUGUUUUCGUUUCAUUUAUGAGUGGCUGCUGUUCAAAAGGCUGUUAUAGAUAACUCGUUGUGUCGCAUAUUUGGAGCGAGCUGUGAGAUUUUACUGACAUCCAAAGGCUGCUGACUGACUACAGUUGAAGUUAUCGAUUGACCCAAGAUUUUCCCAACUGGCCGAACAUCGUCCACGACUGUGGUUUGCGUGGGCAUACACAUCAUCAGGAAAGCCGCUCGCACAGUAUACUUCUAAACGCGGUUCCGUCGAGACGUCGUCGUUGGAAUUGGUAAUUCGAAAUAAGCAUAAAAGUACACGCGAUUGUUUUGCUCUUCUGCCCACCGUGUGGUUUGCUUUCUGCAUUCUUGUUAUCGUCUAUGACUCACGGUGGCCUGGGAGGAGUCUCGGAAAUCGCAAGGAACAAACAUAGGCGCAAACGGGGAGGAAGCCCGAGCGAUGGUGCGGCCGUUUAACACGUCGGUGGAGAACGGUGGCGAUCAGGUCGCGAUGCCACGGCCCACGGCACCCCCACUGGUGCAGAUCAACCAGGAGGGGGACGACUUUAGCAAUCCGGACAUUUACGUAGACUUUUUGAUUCUGGGCAACAAGGAGAACUACAGCGUGCGGGCCGAGAAAAAAGCGGUGCUGGAUUCCAACACCCAGCUGGCGCAUAUGAUCAACGGAGCGGUGUCGUCGACGACCAUCGUCGAUGGAAAGUACGUGGUGCGCGAUGUGGAUAAGGAUAACUUCGAGAUUUUUAUCAGGUACCUCGAGACCAAGUUCAUAAAAUUCCACACCGCCAGCCACAUGCUCCAGAUGUUGGAAAUUGCAUCUCGUUUUCAGUGCCGCCAGCUGGAAAUCCACUGCGUCAAGGAACUAGAUCUCAACCUUACGAUCGACCACGUGCUGGAGGUUUUUCGCGCCCUUUGGUACUACAACUCCAUCACUCCGGUUAAAGCCGCCGCCGCCGAACAGCAGAAAAAGAAACGACGCUCCACCAGCAGUCGAAAGAACGACAAACCGGAAACUCCCGUCACUCCGGAGGAGUACUUUGCUGCCCUGCUGAACAAUUGCCUCCAGCUGAUCGAUAUGCACACGGAGGACGUUUUUGCACAGGAAGUAAUGUUCGCACUGAGAUUCGAAGAGCUGGAAAUGAUUGCCAAGCGUGGCGCACUCCAGAUGUCAUCCGAGAUGGUCCUGCUGGAUCUGCUGGCCAACUGGAGCCGGGAAGAGUGUUUGCGCAAGAAUCUCGAACUGUCGGUUGAAAAUCGACGCCGAGUACUGGGGGCACUAUGCUACGCGCCACGCUACCUCACCAUGACACGGAAGGAGUUUGAAGGGGCUAAGGAUCGCAUCGAACUGCUGGAUCCGGCCGAGUCCAAACUGGUCGGAGAUAUACUGAACGGGAGGAAAGUGACGAACCUCACGCCGGAACAGCAAACGAUGGUGGCUAAUUUCAAAGAGCAAAGGCCACAGUUCGCACCGAUGCCGAUUCACCUAACUGCCCGAAGCAAUCCAAAGAACUAUCCGAAAAAGAUGCGCAAAGCGGCCGAAGAAGCGGAAGGCGAGAAACGGAACUGCUGCGAACGACUGAUUCUGACCUGCGUAUCGAUUUUCGCCUGCAUCUUCGACUAGCGGAUGAUGCUUUAGGGGAAGGGUUCGAAGUAAUCUCAGUAAGGUUUUUUGUAAGGACUCACGAAUGUAGGUGUAACGUAUGAAGGUUCAGAGUGAAGUGGCUUUUAAGUGUUCAAAACGGAAUUUUCUGUUCAAAGUUCAGCUUUUUAUACCUCAUAUCUUCCUAUUAUUAAUUGCUAUAAGGUGUGCGCUGGACACUAUCCAUCUAUCAGUAUCGAAAUGGCUUUCUUUAGAUCAAUCUAGAGCA